GCUCCCAAGUCCCAUCCGCCGCUCGAGGGCCUUUUGUCCACCACAAGCCACGCGAAUCGAGCUACCCCAGAGCCCGAAGCUUCCAUUCCGAUUUCCAGAGCGACCCCGAAGCACGCAGCGGGAGCCGAUCAGGCGAGCGGCGAACCGACCGACCGCAAUGGCGAUCGCCGAGGAGCUCUGCGAGGCCGAGGUGCUGUGGCCCGAGGCGCCCCACGACGACGACGACGACGGCGCCGCGCCGCCCGGCUGCAGCUCGUCGUCCGCGGCGCCAGCGCCGCGGUCCAGGACGCCGGCUCGGCGAGGAGUCCCCGAGGCGCCGCGACGAGAGGGCUCGCGGCCGGUGGACAUUCCUAGGCCCGCCGCGCGCUCGGCGGCCCUCCGGAGCGACGACGGCGGCGGCGGCUUCGGCCGGAGCGGCACGAUGGUGCCGCCGCACGUGCUGGUCUCGCGGCGGCGGUCGGAGGGGGCGGCGGCGUUCGCGCUGCGGUCGGGGCCGGGCCGGGCGCGCGAGCUCAGCCACCUGCGCCACUCCGUGCUGCGCAUGACCGGCUUCAUCGAAGGAUGACGAGGCUGACCCGUGCUUUGUUGUGUGUGCAUAUGCGAGCAAGACUAGUCACCGCCAUCGGGCAAUUGUCUUCGCAGUCGGCAACUCGGCAUCAUUGCCUAUUUUGUUCGUAUCCGUUUCCCAGUGGUCCAUGAUCACAUUGCAUCUCUAUUUGUUAAGAGGAAGCUCUGAAUUUGUUCCUUGAUUGUUCCAUCCAUGUGGGGAGAAGUUUCCAUUGCUAAUUGUCACGGGAUUUAAACCA